AUGCCUUUGCGAUCGGUUGCCGACUUACUGCUUUCUGUAGGCCUCUUCGUCGGCCAGGUGUACGCGACGCAAGAGCCCUUGACGGGUGACGAUCGCGCAGCAUGCCCCAACUACGCGCAAUAUUCUACCUAUCCCCACAAGCCUCUAAGCGAAGGGCCCCUCGCUCUGCCCUACCAACGACCCGAUCCGCGAUGCCGUACUUUUCAAUCCGAUGCUAUCGAGAAGGUCAUCAAGGAUGUUACCUCUCGAAUGAAGGAUCCCGAUUUGGCCCGACUCUUCGAGAACGCCUUCCCCUCAACAACCGAUACCACCGUCAAAUUCCAUACCGACGGCACCGACACGCGCUUCGUCGACCUGAACGGCCGUAGUUUGCGCGACGAGGGCAAAUGGGAGGGGCCGCAGUCCUUUAUCAUCACGGGUGAUAUCAUCGCCGAAUGGCUGCGUGACAGCACGAAUCAGCUCUCCCCGUACCAAUCACUGGCUAAGAAGGACCCGGCCAUCUUCAAGUUGAUUCUCGGGGCCAUCAACACCCAGGCCGAGUACGUCAUCGAGUCGCCCUACUGCAACGCCUUUCAACCCCCGCCGAUCGCGAACCUGCAGCCGAGUCACAACGGACAGGACGAUACCGUACACCCCAUCUACGAACCCUCAUUCGUCUUUGAGUGCAAAUACGAGCUGGAUUCGUUGGCGCAUUUCCUAGCGCUGGGCAAUGACUUUUACGAGCACACGGAAUCGAAAGACUUUUUGACAGGAAGGUGGUAUCUUGCGCUGGAUACCCUUCUCAACGUUUUGGAGGAGCAGUCGCGUUCGACAUUCGACCCGGAGACAGGCCGGUUUCUGAAGAAUGAGUACACCUUCCAGCGCAAGACGGACGCAGGAACCGAGACGCUGAAUCUCAAGGGCGUUGGCAACCCCUUGAACAACGGCACCGGUCUCGUCAGGUCGGCAUUUCGACCUAGCGAUGAUGCCACGAUCCUUGGCUUCUUCAUUCCGGCGAACGCUAUGAUGGCCGUGGAGCUGAAGCGAACGGCGGCAAUUUUGAAAGAGGCCGGCAAAGAUGUUCUUUCUCAAACGGUCGACAAGUGGAGCCAAACCAUCACGGAUGGUGUAUGGAACAACGGAGUCGUGAAGCAUGCCAAACACGGAGACGUUUUCGCGUACGAGGUCGACGGCUACGGCUCUUCAAUCCUCAUGGAUGAUGCAAAUUACCCUUCGCUGCUUGCUCUGCCUUUGAUGGGAUUCUUGCCACCGGAUGAUCAGAUAUACCAGAACACCCGGAAGAUGCUCCUUGAGAAGACUGGCAACCCUUACUAUCUUGAAGGGUCAGCUUUUCACGGGAUUGGAGGUCCUCACAUUGGCUUAUCAAAUGCCUGGCCAAUGAGUCUUUUGAUACAGGCGCAGACGUCUGAAGACGACAAAGAGAUCACCGAGUGCCUCGAUUUAGUCCUCCGCUCGGCUCGGCUCGGGUUGGUUCACGAGAGUGUCGAUGUCAACCGCAUCUCGUCGUUUACCAGGGCCAACGGUGUCUUUGCUGAGACGAUUCUAGAUCUCGCCCGACGCAAGCCGCACCUAAUCUUUACUGAUGGAAAGCCAUACAGCAUUUAA